AUGCGAUCGGCGCUCAUAUGCGUUUUCUUCUCGCUACUUAUAAAAGGUCACGUUGCAGAUGACUUCAGGCCUACACCUAUCCCACUGGACGAGUGGCACUCCGACAGAAGACAUGGACGCGCGGGUACCCUUCACGAGACUAUAAAAACUGCUUCCCCUCUUACCGUGGUAGCAAUACCUGCACAUUACUGGGAAGACGCCUUGCGUCACAGCGUAUAUCUAACCCUUGUUAGAGACAAAAUCGAUCAGCUGAUUGCAAAAGGUGACAUAAUAUCACCUGAUACCAAAUUCAAUCAUAGAGGAGCAAAUAAUAUUAAUGAUCAAGACCUGUGGGACAAAAUUAAAGCUGCUCCGUUCGAUAGGAUACGAGAAGAGGAACCUACUUCAUACGGUGAUGUCACAAUAUUAGCGAGAGGAAGAUUAAUGGAAGAGUCAGGCGGCUUCCGUUUCGCUGAAGACGACAAAUCCCACGAAAAGUGUGACAAUGAUAAGUGUAUGGAGGGUGUCAAAGCAUUCUGGUCAGUUAAACGGGUGAGGCAAAGGGAUCAAGAAACAUCCCUGGGGAAAUAUCACUACGAGUUAACAUUUUCCGUUAUGUCACAAAUACCAAAAAAACAAAACAAGCCAUACGAACACCCAAUCAGAACCUUUACAGUUCAGGAAAGCACAAAUGACAGAGUGCCACAAACUUACGAAAGAUAUCAUAAAUCUGAAAUAGUUUCACCGCAAAUAUCUCGACCAGAAAGAGCAAUUUGGGUUCACAAAAACAUUGAACAAGCACCUCAGUAUCGCAAAAUACAACAUCAAAGUGGACUAGAUAGAUUAUUUUCUUCAUUGUUUGACGAUUACGAUGACGACGAACCAAGUUAUGAUCUACCAAGAAGAUAUAAGCAAAACUCUUAUAAUCCUACGUACUCGCAAUAUUCCAAAAUUGGCACCUUUGGGAGUUCUGAACAACAUUCGCAGAUAAAAACAUUACCAUAUCCAUACAAAGUUCAAAACGUUAAAUAUCAAGGACCUCCACUUACCACAUCACCAAUCGGACUGGUACAUCAUCACCACAUGGAACAUGACAUUAGUGGAGGUAUAAGCAAUCCAUAUGUAUCACAAACAAAUUAUAAAAUCACAGGGUUUAACAACGGCCAGAGAACUACGCACCCGGCGUUUUUACCCACACCGCUCCCAUCACUAGCGCAACCACCAAAGGAGUCAAACAAUAAGAAAAACAAUUUAAUGAAAUAUGACUCAUUACAGAAUAAAACAAAUUCAUCAGAAAUUUUAACAAUUCACAAGCAAAACAGUAAAAAUAAAACUCCAACAAAAGUAACUUAUUCUCCGGAACACUUAAGACCACCAAUUUAUAACGCUCCACCGGGAGUAAUCGUUACAAUGGACAAAAAACCAUUUAAACCAAUGCCACCGUUGAAGAUGCCGCCCUCGAAAUCAUUCAGGCCCAAAAAACCUUCAGAUUUCCGGCCGAGUCCACAAGUACUUGAUGUUCAGUUUUCUGAACCCGAUCCAAUAUUUGAUAAUGUAUUUAGGCCAAUAACUGUCAAUUAUGCUCAUAAUAAUUAUUCUACAGAAAAAACGUUAAUUUCUGAGGCUAAUGAGGAAGACGAAAACAAAAUUCGAAAACAGACUGUAACCAGUAAUAAAAACCCAAAGAAACACGACGAUAUUAAAAUGCAACGAACUACAACAUAUACACCUGAUAUUAUAACAUCUCACAAUAAUUCAGAACAAGACAAUGAUAUGGAACGGGCUGAUAUUUUAGGAAUAUUUUCUAAAACAAUACCGAUGGAGUCACAAAAAGAAAAAAGUAUCACUUUACAGACCACAACACCCAUUCCAUCAUCUACAACUGUCACUGCAUCAGCUACAACAAGUAAGACGACUGAAACUUCCUCAACAACGUCACCAUCUACUACACUAAAAUCAAAAAAACGUACUCGACCACUAACUAAGUUAAAUAAAUCUGAAAAAAUCAAAAAGCACAAACGCCUAACAACCACUUCAACCUCAACCACAACAAAUACACCACUAACCACGAAGGUUUUCGAAGAAGGAACGGAGAAAACUACUCAAGAUCUAAUAGCACAAGCGAGUUCCACCGCUAUCGGCCCAAUUAAAUUAAAAUGGCAACCUUCUUCAAAGACAACAUCUACGACCCCAAUCAGCUCUACAGGUAAUACGACAACAGUAAGUCCAACAUCGACAACUAAAAUUACCACAACGACAACUAAGAACGUAGAUGGGGAAUCUGUUUCAUCUACUGCACGUUCAAGAAAUAUAAAUAGGUUCAGACAAUCAGCGCUAAUACUAAAAGGAACUUCAGUAAAACACGAUAGGUGGAGUGCAACAAAGUCUACCCCUGAAAGGCUUCGAUCGUCAUUAACUUCAUCUAUAUAUACAAAAAGAAGAAAAGGUUCGAAAUUCCAUGGAUAUGAUUCCUCUACCUCCAAAAGUGGGGACAAGGAGCGAAGGAAUCAAGCACAUUCAGAUCAUGGUACUAGUACGAAAAGUUAUCCUAUAACCAACGAGUACUUAACAAAAAAGACUGAAGUGACUUCUAAUAUAACUCCUGUUAAUGAAGGCUCUGAUGCAAUUUUAACGCAAAAUGGGAACGAAUCUGAUAUUAACGAAGAAAAAAGUCAAGUAUUCGAGGAAUCUAGAGAUCGAAACGAAUACAUUUUCGAAAAGUCGUCUGACACGCCUAUUAAUAAAAACUAUGAAAUAAUUGAUAAUGAGGAAACAUUAACAACAGACAAGAUUGCUAGUACACCAUCAUAUUUCAUGCCAAAAAUCAAAAAGUGUAAGAAAAAGCAUCAAAAUCUAACAACAAAAAAAGAUGAUUCCUAUAAAAUUAAUAAUGAGAUAACUACCACAAGUAUUCCUUUAACUCUCUUUACAACAACAACUACAACUACUACCACCACCACUAAACCAUUAACAACUAGUAUCGUAGAAGACUUACUUAAAGACUUUUCCUUUGAAGAUACCAAUAUCGAAGAGAGUCCAACAACAACUUUAAAAUCAGACCUAGUUAAAGAACAGAUUCAGUCAAAGAAACAAAAUUUAAAAAUUGAUGAAGACUUAGAAGAGUUACUGGAUUCACUUAAUAACAAUGACAAAUAUAGUGAAUCAUCAGAUGAAGAAUAUAAAGAAGAUGACGAAAAGGAAUCAACCUUUGAAGAAGACGAUACAGCAGAAAUUGAAUCAGCAGAUGAGUCGCGUCGACAUUCACGCGAUGACUACGAAAACGAUGAAAAGCACCAAUUCACUUUGUUGGAACUUAUGGGCAUGGAAUAG